AUGGGAAGCAAGGCACCAACUUGGGCUGAUCAAUGGGGUACGGGUGGCUUUGGCGAUGAAGGCGACGGUGAAAACAAGGCCAUGACCAACAAGAAAAAGCUAGGAAACAGCAGCAGCAGCAAGAAGAUGGAGGAGGUGAAGGCAGCGGCCUCUGCUGGAUUCGACAAGGCGAAGGCAGCAGCUGUGGUGGGAGCCCAUAAGGAUCUACAAGUUUGCUUCUUUCUUGAAGUGAAUGAAUUGCACUGUUAA